CAUCUACAAAUCUUUUCCCUUCUUCCUACCUUAGUUCUCCCACAUCCGUGCCGCAUCCUGGUGCUCCUUGGAUCGCAAGGUUCUUAAACGCUUACAUCCACCACCUAGUGGCUCUCCUAAUCUUUCAAUUACAUAUAAUUCUCUCAACCCGCCGAGUCUUUGCUGCCAGAUAAAAGUUUCGCGCGGCAACAGCCGAAUCGCAGCCAUCAUAUCACAAUUCGCUGUGUUCGCUUGUUGUAAGCUUAAAGCAAAACCGGGAAGCAAUGGUCCUAACAAAGCAGAGAUCACCGCGAAACCACGAUGCCUUUCCAACUUUUCAGCUGUUCUUACUCGCUAUCGUGCGCCUGGCUGAACCCAUAGCCCUCACAUCCAUCUUUCCAUAUGCGUGGUCUCUUGUGCGGCACUUCCACUUCGGGGACGAGCAGGAUGCUUCUUUCUACGCCGGCAUCCUCAUCUCUGCAUUCUCCCUGACCGAGGCCCUUAUGGGCAUGUAUUGGGGUGGUCUUUCGGAUCGAAUUGGCCGAAAACCUGUCCUCGUCGUGGGUUGUGUCGGAACCAUGCUCAGCAUGAUUGCCGUUGGCUUCGCUACUAAUAUAUGGGUCGCAUUACUGGGCCGAGCAUUUGGUGGGCUUCUAAAUGGGAACAUUGGAGUUAUUCAGACUAUGGUCGGAGAGUUAGUGACCAAGCCAGAACAUGAGCCACGCGCCUUUGCUGUCAUGCCCUUCGUAUGGUCUAUUGGAACUAUUUGCGGUCCCGCAAUAGGCGGAAUUUUCGCAAACCCACACGAAACUUGGCCGAAGAGGUUCCCCGAAAACAGCGUGUUCACGAAAUUCCCUUAUCUUCUACCCAAUGUGCUAUGCGCCGCUCUGCUUCUUGUUAGCAUCGUCUUGGGGGUGGCAUGUCUAGAGGAGACGCAUCCAGACAUGCAGCCUCGCGUUAGGCGGCCAAACGACACAUAUGUCACCGACGAGACUCCGCUCUUGGAAACUUCCGACGCACUCAAGCAGCCAGCUGUCGAUCUGCGUGCGGAGACAUACGGGUCAUUCAGAAACAGAGACAGCCUAGACUUUGCUCCCGAGACGAGAGGCUACGUGAAGGAUUUUGAGGAAAAGGGCACCCUAGGCAUCUUCAACAAGCAUACCAUGGCGUUGAUCAUUUCCCUAUCAAUUUUCACUUACCACUCGAUGACGUACGACCAUCUAAUGCCCAUCUUCUUUGAAGACAAGAAGGCGGAUCUCGGUGACCUGUUUACCACCGCUUUUAACCCCUUCUACUCACCAGGCGGGCUAGGGCUUUCCAUGCAAACAGUCGGCAUGAUAUCGGCUAUCAACGGCGGGAUCGCGCUUUUUGUUCAAGUUGUCGUAUUCCCCCUUGCGGCGGAGAAAAUCGGCGUCUUUAGGCUUUUCGUCUUCGUUACUGUGCUUCACCCGAUCGCGUAUCUCAUUGUCCCAUGUCUGGUGUACGUACCGGAUUGGAUGCUCCUGCCUGCCAUAUACCUCUGUCUAACAGUCCGCAAUCUCUUGUCCAUCGUCCUGUAUCCGCUUCUCCUGAUCCUGAUUAAGGAAUCAACCCCAAGUCCUGAUAUGCUGGGGAGCAUAAACGGUCUCGCAGCGAGCGCCGGAGCUGCCUGUAGGAUGAUUGCCCCGCCAGUCGCUGGUUAUCUCUAUUCGUUUGGUUCACAGAUAGACUGCACAUCGGUCGCGUGGUACGGAAGUGCAUUUGUUGCGGCCAUCGGUUCCAUGCAGUGCUUCCUUGUACGUCGAGACAGACAACUAGAGGCUAUAGAAGAACUGAAUGAUGAAGGCAGUGAGGAUUGUUAGGGCGAUUAGUUUAAUUACCUGGGAGUUUGGGGUGAUAGGGAUAUAGAUAUGAUAGAGGGUUGGAAUGGGACGGUAGGAGUUUGGCGCAAAAUGCAUUGAAACAUUGAUUGCAAUAUUUAUCAAAGUGGAAGGUGGCAGAGUUAACUGCAUAUGAUUAUAUAAUACUUAAUGCAAUGGACUUGAGGCUCCUUUGGGCUCUUAUGUAAUGUUGUGUGUUAUCUUCCGUAUCCGCACUAUGGGUCCGUAACAUGCAAUAGUUCACACCAUUUGAAGAGAGGAAAAACAAUUACCUUGAUAAUCCCUAGUAGUAUACCUGCAACUUUAGCCGGCCCAGUGCCGACUUUAAACACUCUUAAUUACCACCACU